GAAAUUUUGUUCACAAUUCCUAUUUUCAGUAAAACAAAAAGAAAAAUCCACUCAAAACAUUCCAAACAACGUCCUAUACAAAAUCAUAAACGCAAUCUAUGCAUCAUAUAUAUUAUAUAGAGUCUUUUGUGGUUUGCUGUCUUGUUUUAAUAAAACUUAAUUAAGUCCCCCCUGAAAACCUUAGCCAUUACUAAAACUUUACCAAUUUAAUUGAGUUUCUUUUUCCCAGGAAAGAACAAAGCUGUGUUGUUGAUGCUUUGCUUGUCUCAGAAGACAUAAAAAGAUUCGUACUGAAGUUUUUUCUUUUCUGCUUAUUUUCCCGGAAAGUUUCUAACUUUCCCAGAAUUUCGAAGCUUCCUGGAGCUCAUUACUCUUUGAAGCGGGAAUGGAGACUGGGCAACGGGUGGUAGACAAGAAUGAAACGAACGAUGUCGUAUUACAGGUUUCGGGUACGGAAGAAACUAGCAAUGGCUCUAGAGAAUCAAGUACAGAAUCAUCUUCGUACUCUGUUUCUAAGAAUUUAAAAAGUGGGCUUUCUCCGAAUGUAUCGAAAAGUUCAAAUGUUGAGCUAACUGAGCUUCAGAGCACGACAACACCGAUCAAACCCCCGAAAGCUCCGAUUGCAAGGUCACCAUUUUCUAAGCCCAAGUCAAGACUAGUUGAGUCACCGCCUCAUCGUACUGAAGAGGUCAAGGCUCCAUCAAAAUCGAACACGAGUUCACCUCUUAGAAGCUCGCCUAAUUUAACAUCACCAAACCGGAAAAGCACAGCCACUACUCCCAGAGAGUCUCAAAGAUCAGCUCCCAUUACUCCACGAACGCCUUUGAUUGGAACUCCAGAAUCCGAGGAGGACGAGGAUGACGAAGUUUAUAAAACAGCUAAUCUUAAAGCAAAGCAGGUUUACUCGAGUAAGAAACCAAAAGUCAGAGUAAUGCGUUUGAUUGAGUGGUUUUCUUUUGUUUGCAUAGUGGGAUUUUUAGCUGCAAGCUUAACUGUUCAUAAACUCCAAAAGAAAUUCGUUUGGGGUUUGGAGUUAUGGAAAUGGUGUGUUUUGGUUUUGGUAGUCAUAUGUGGUAGACUAGUCACAGAGUGGUUUAUUAAUGUUUUAGUCUUUUUGAUUGAGAUGAACUUUCUGUUACAGAAGAAGGUUUUGUAUUUCGUUUAUGGGUUGAAGAAGAGUGUUCAGGUCUUCAUUUGGUUGAGUUUGAUACUUUUGGCUUGGGGUUUGUUGUUCAAUCGAGGAGUGAAGCGGUCAAGAAAAACAAAUAAAAUUCUUAAUUAUGUUACAAGGGCUUUAGCUUCUUUUCUCAUUGGUGCAGCUAUAUGGUUACUGAAGAACUUGUUAGUGAAGUUGUUAUCUUCUUCCUUUCAGUGCACUCGAUUUUUCGAUCGAAUUCAAGAAUCGAUUUUUCAUCAGUAUGUUUUGAGGACCCUUUCUGGGCCUCCAUUGAUGGAGAUGGCAGAAAGGGUUGGCAGAACACCAAGUACAGGGCAACUGAGUUUCAUAAAUUUGAAGAAGGAAAAGGGUGAGGAGAAACAAAUGGGGAAAGAAGAGGUGAUUGAUGUGGAAAAGCUUAAAAAGAUGAAGCCAGAGAAAGUUUCAGCUUGGACCAUGAAAGGGUUGAUCAAUGUGAUAAGGGUUACUGGCUUGUCUACCAUUUCCAAUACUUUGGAAGAUGAUGAGGACAAGGAGAUUAACAGUGAGUGGGAAGCUAAGGCUGCUGCAUUUCAGAUAUUUCAGAAUGUAGCCAAGCCUGGUAGCAAGUACAUUGAUGAAGAUGACCUCUUGCGUUUCCUUAAGAAAGAGGAGGUGGAUCUUAUACUACCCAUGUUUGAAGGAACUGGAGAACCUAAACGAAUAAGGAGAAAAUCUUUGAAGAAUUGGCUCGUGAAUGUUUACCUUGAACGCAAAUCACUAGCACAUUCACUAAACGAUACGAAAACAGCCAUAGAGGAGCUUAAUAGGCUAGCCUCUGCAGUUGUGAUUAUUGUGAUCAUCAUCGUGUGGUUCAUCAUGAUGGGAUUUUUAACAACACAAAUACUUGUCUUCAUUUCAUCUCAGCUUUUACUGAUUGUGUUUGUGUUUGGUAACACUGCCAAGACUGUGUUUGAAGCCAUUGUAUUUGUGUUUGUGAUGCACCCGUUUGAUGUAGGAGACCGUUGCGUUGUUGAUGGAGUACAGAUGGUUGUUGAAGAGAUGAACAUUUUGACAACAGUAUUCUUGAAAUAUGACAACGAGAAAAUCUUUUAUCCGAACUCAGUCCUGGCCACGAAGCCCAUCAGCAACUUCUACAGAAGUCCCGAAAUGAGCGAUGCUGUUGAAUUUGCUAUUGAUUUCUCUACAUCGAUUGAGACUAUUGGAGCUCUCAAAGAAAAACUGAAAUUGUACCUGGAGAGCAAACCUCAGCACUGGCGUCCUGAUCAUAGUGUGGUGGUUAAGGAUAUUAAAGAUGUGAACAAGAUAUCAAUAGCUCUCUACGUUACUCAUACCAUAAAUUUUCAGAAUUAUGGCGACAAGAACAGCCGAAGAUCGGAGCUAGUAUUGGAAUUAAAGAAAAUAUUCGAAGAACUUGGCAUCAAAUACAGGCUGCUGCCUCAAGAAAUUCUUGUGAAUCAUGUUGGUAACGCCACUGCUUCAGCACUCCAAUCCACGCGGCGAUGAUUUUAAUUAAAUCUUUUCCUCUGCAAGUGUGGACUAUGGAGGACAGGGUGGGGAUUUUUUUUUCUUCUCAUUCUUUUGUAUUCAUUUAGUUCAGAUCCGUUGUCCAUUAGUUGUUGAAUCCACAAAUUUUGUUAGGAUUUUGAAUGAAAAUUCAAGAGCAACUUACUCCACUUGGAGAAACAAA